GGGGACUAUUUUAUGAAAUGGGCCAUCAUUGUUGUAGCAAACAGAAAGUUAAGAGAGGGCUAUGGUCUCCUGAAGAAGAUGAAAAACUUAUCAAACACAUCACUAAUCAUGGCCAUGGCUGCUGGAGUUCCGUCCCUAAACUCGCAGGGUUACAAAGAUGUGGCAAGAGUUGUAGAUUGAGGUGGAUAAACUACUUGAGGCCGGAUCUCAGACGCGGCUCGUUUACUGAACAAGAAGAGAGAACAAUCAUUGAUGUUCAUAGGAUACUAGGGAACCGAUGGGCUCAAAUCGCAAAACAUCUACCAGGAAGAACAGAUAACGAGGUUAAGAACUUUUGGAAUUCAUGUAUCAAAAAGAAACUUAUUUCUCAAGGUUUGGAUCCAAACACUCAUAAUCUUCUUUCUCCUCAUCAAAUCCCGAUUCUUAAUGCUAAUCCUAGUAAAAACACCGAUCCCACGAAGCCAGUUUUCUCUAUUAUAAACAACACUUCAUCACAAACAAAAGAUACAAAAAGGGUCCCUUCUUUUAGACCUCAUUUAUCUACAAAUUCUAAUGAUAAUAAUGUAGUAAUUCAUACCUUGUACGAAAAUUCGCUAUCUCACCAAAAUUCCAACCUCAAUUAUCAAGAUCAUUACAAUCUUGUUUCCAAGAAUAAUGAUGUAACUAGGCACCAAUCUAGUACAAUGUACUUUUCAAGCCAACCUUUGGUUGAUAAUAGUACUAAAAUGCCCAUUUCAUUACCAAUAUCUUCUUCCUCAAAUCAACUUGAUUUUGGGACAAUGGUGCAAUCUUGGGGUGGGAACACUAAUCUUGGAGUGGCUUUUGAACAAUCAAGAUCAAGACCAGAAGAGUACCAAGAAAUGUUGCAACCACAAACGACAAUAAUGGCGUGUCAAGGGAACGACGUGGCUCACGAGUUUGGGAACAAGGGUUUGGAUGAUAUGAGGGAUGGUGAUGGUCUAACCAAUAUGGAUAUGGGUACGUUUGAUGGGUCAUGUAACAUUGACUUAGAAUUCAUGGAAGCUGCACUAAUGCCUUGUGCAAUGUACACGAAUGUUGGAUCUUUGGAUCAACUUGCAUGGGACUGUAACUAA